AUGAGGAGACUUGUGUUCAUCCCAGGCCCGGGCAUCGGGCACCUCGUAUCAACGGUUGAGAUCGCAAAGCAACUUGCGGCUAGAGAUCACCAGCUCUUCAUCACAGUCCUCAUCAUGAAGCUCCCCUUCGACCAACUCUUCACCAACACAGACGCUUCCAUCUCACGACGCAUCAACUUCAUCAACCUCCCCGAAGCCCACGUCGACACACGAAACACCGGCCCCUCCUCGUUCUUCAAAACCUUCGUCGAAAAUCACAAAACCCAUGUUAGAGCCGCCGUCUUAGAGUCAAGUACUCAGUCCGAGUCGAACCAGGCUCAGCUGGCCGGGUUGGUCGUUGACAUGUUCUGCACCACUAUGAUUGAUGUGGCCGAUGAAUUUGGGGUUCCUUCCUACGUGUUCUUCACCUCCAACGCCGGGUGUCUCGCGUUCUUGCUCUACCUCCAAAAGCUUCGAGACGAGCAUGGCACGGACGCGGCUCAGUUGAUGGACUCGGAGGCUGAGUUGGCCAUCCCGAGUUUCGUCAACUCUUUGCCUGCCCAUGUCUUGCCCGGUGUGCUAUUGGACAAGGAGGGUGCCACAGCAUUUCUCAAUCAUGCAAAAAGGUUUAGAGAAACCAAGGGUAUUUUAGUAAAUUCGUUCUCAGAGCUGGAAUCACAUGCGCUUCACUCUCUUUCUGAUGAUAAAACCCCACCUGUGUACCCGGUGGGACCUCUGUUGAAUCUUGAGAGUGAUGAUUUCCACGUGAGUACGGACAAGGCUAGACAAAAGUAUGAUAUUUUAAGGUGGCUUGAUGAUCAGCCUUCCUUGUCUGUGGUGUUCUUGUGUUUUGGGAGCAUGGGAAGCUUUGGUGAGGCCCAGGUGAAAGAGAUGGCGUGUGCACUGGAGUACGGUGGGUUUCGGUUCUUGUGGUCCCUACGAAAGCCCCAGCCAAAGGGCGAGAUUGCCAUGCCAAGUGACUAUGCGGAUCCCAAGGGUGUCUUGCCGGAAGGGUUUCUGGAUCGAAUGGCUAGGAUUGGGAAAGUCAUAGGAUGGGCCCCACAAGUGGCUAUACUGGCCCACCCAGCAAUCGGAGGGUUUGUAUCGCAUUGUGGGUGGAACUCCGUGUUGGAGAGUCUAUGGUACGGCGUGCCAAUUGCCACGUGGCCAAUGUACUCGGAGCAACAAUUAAAUACUUUUGAGCUGGUGAAGGAAUUGGGAUUGGCAGUGGAAAUUAAGAUGGAUUAUAGGAAGGGAAGUGAAGUGGUGGUGAGUGCAGAGGAGAUAGGGAGAGGGAUAAAGGAAGUGAUGGAGAAGGACAGUGAUACAAGAGAGAGGGUGAAGGAGAUGAGUGUAAAGAGCAAGAAAGCCUUAUUGGAUGGUGGUUCCUCUCACUCUUCAUUGGGGUGUUUUAUUGAUCAAAUUCAACUUUGA